AUGACUACCCAAGAACUUAAAUUUAAAUGGAAUAUUAAUAAUUUAAUUGAUAAAACCAGAUUUUCAAAAGAAGAAGAAAAACCAAUUGAGUUAUCAAAUGGUGAUUUAACAGCAACUAGAAAAGAAAGAGUUAGAGGGGAUGAUCCCCCCCCAGUCAGAAUUUUAGCAGAUAAUUAUAUUUCAUUCGAUAAUAAUCAAACCUCAGUAGAAUGGACAGUUCAAGUUGGUUUCACUCAUGGAUUUAUUGAAGUUGGUAUCACUGAUCCAUCAUCAAAUAAAACUUAUUUAUUCAAAGGAUUUAAAAAUGAAGCUCAAGAGGAGGAUGGUCAAAAUUUGAAAUCAUUCCAAUUUGGUGAAACUUUUACAACUGGUGAUAAAAUUAAAAUCGUUUUAGAGUUAACCGCCUCAAAAACUUUGGCUUUACAUUUAUAUAAAAAUAACAGCUUAUUAGGUACACCAUUCGAAACUCAAUUUAAUGAAAAUAGUAAAUAUUAUCCAUUUGUUGGUUUAAAUGAUAAUGGAGAUCAAAUUACAAUUGUUGUUUAAAUAAUACAUAGUUAUAAUAAUAAUAAUAAUAAUAAUAGAAAUAAAAAAAGUAUAAAUAUAUAAAUUUAAAUAGUUAAAAUA